GCCCUUCUUAGGUAAACUCUAAUCCGCAUCAACAUGUUUGUUCUCAAGGCUGUUUCCGUCCUCUCUUUGCUCAGCUCCUUGGCUGCCUCGCGCAUCAUCGAUGGCGCAGAGCACACUCCUUACCGUGGCGCCAAUGUGAAGCGUGCAACCAAUUCUACCUCCAUCACCACUCUCGAAGACUACGAAUACGUUGUCGUUGGCUCUGGUGCGGGUGGUGCUCCCCUUGCGGCCAAGCUGGCUAUUGCUGGCUACAAAGUCCUCCUCCUUGAGGCUGGCGACGACCAGACCAAUACUACUCAGUACAAUGUACCGGCUUUACAUUCUGUCGCUGCCGAAUAUGAACCGAUGCGAUGGGACUACUUUGUCAAGCACUUCGACGACGAAGCAGAGAUGACGAAGGAUGCCAAGCUCACAUAUGAACUGCCCGAUGGCUCCCGUUACACAGGUCCAAAGCCACCAGCAGGCGCCAAACCCUUGGGCACUCUCUAUCCUCGUGUCGGAUCCAUGGGCGGCUGCACCGCCCACAACGCUUUGAUUACUAUCAAGCCGUUCAACAGCGACUGGGACUACAUUCAACGUAUCACUGGUGAUGCUUCAUGGGCGCCAAAGAACAUGCAAAAGUACUUCGAACGCAUUGAGAGAUCCCGCUAUCUCCCUAGCAGCAUCGUUGGCCAUGGCUUCUCGGGCUGGCUCGAAACUUCGCUCACCGACUUGACCUUGAUUGUCCAAGACCUCAAGGUCAUCUCUCUGGUCCUGGCAGCUGCUUCAGGCAUGGGCAAGAACCUCCUCUCAAAUCUUUUAACUACUGUCACUGGCCUCGGUCAGGUUCUGCUUCGCGACAUCAACAACCCCUCGCCGAACCGCGACUCGCAAGAAGGUCUGUGGCAAGUUCCUCUGGCCAUGAAGAUCCCGGAAUACAAGCGCGCUGGACCUGUCGAUUUGCUUCACCAAGUCUUGGAGGCGAGGAACAGCGAUGGUAGCCGCAAGUACCACCUCGACAUCCAGCUCAACACCCUUGUCACCAACGUCAAUUUUGCCCAGGUAGACGGCGGUAAGCCAAAAGCGACCGGUGUCAACUUCCUCACUGGAAGGUCUCUGUAUGGAGCCGAUCCCCGUCGUCAGUCCGGAUCUGCGACCAGCAAAGGCGACAAGGGAUCAGUCAAAGCCACCCGCGAAGUCAUCUUGUCUGCCGGUGCCUUCAACACUCCCCAGCUCUUGAAGCUAUCCGGUGUCGGCCCGAAGCAGGAGCUUGAGAGCUUCGGCAUCAAGGUCGUCAAGGAUCUUCCAGGUGUCGGUACCAAUCUCCAGGAUCGCUACGAGGUUCCAGUCAUCGGCCAGGCACCCAGCAAACUCUCUCUUCUGAACGGCUGCACUUUCCUUGAGGGCGACCACGACCCAUGCCUGGAGAAGUGGGAGAACCUCCCCCUCGGAAUCGGAAAGGGUGUCUACGCCACCAACGGAGUCGCCAUCGCCAUUACCAAGAAGGCAAGCAACUCGCCCAACGGUAACGCAGACCUUCUUGUUGCUGGCUGGCCCGCUUACUUCAACGGUUACUACCCCAACUUCUUCCAGAACGCCACCGACGGCUCAAACCACUGGACAUGGCUGGUACUCAAGGCCGAGUCUCGUAACAACGCCGGAACCGUCACCCUGCGCAGCACCAACCCACAGGACGUACCCGAUAUCCGCAAGCGAAACUUUGACGUUGGUGGCGAGGAAGACCUCAAGGCCCUGGUCGAGGGAAUGAAGUACGGUCGCAAAGCCUUCAAUGACCUCAUUCCACUUGACGGCAAGUUUUCGGAGGUCUGGCCCGGCAAGCAGGUCAAGACAGACGAGCAGCUCAAGACCUUUGCCAAGUACGAGUCCUGGGGUCACCAUGCGUCCUGCACUUGCCCCAUUGGCGCCGAUAACGACCCGAAGGCCGUCCUUGACACCAACUUCAAAGUCCGUGGUAUCGAUGGUCUCCGUGUUGUCGAUGCUUCUGCUUUCCCCAAGAUUCCUGGUACCUACAUCGCCAUGCCUCUGUACAUGUUGGCAGAGAAGGCUUCCGACGUCAUCAUCGAGGCUGCCAAAUCUUCUGCGUAGAUGUAGAUUCUGAGGAGCGCGUGUGAUUUUUCUUGUCAAGCGUUUUGCUGUACGUACCGCCUUUAGCCAGCGCAUAGAAUCCAUUAAUCCAUUAGUUUAUUAUUC